AUGAGCUUAAGCAUUUCUGUGCCCAAUUUUACUGAAUUACUUUUGUUCUUUGUUUACAGAGUAUACAAAACCAUAUUCCUCAAGAGAAGCCUGCUAACCAAACUCCUGGACAAUCACCCUCACCGUUCGAAACAGCGCCCAGCAUCUCGGAAACUCUAUCCGAUGACGAAACUCAGAAGAAGAAAAAAUGAAACGGCUGCUGGAUCUGCAAGUGAGUCAGACUCAGAAUCCGAAGAUGACGAUGUUAGAGAGUUGGAAGGACGGACGAUGUCUGCUAAAGGCCAACAGAUUGACAGGGCCAGCGCUGCAAACGUUAAAAGGUCAAAAGAAGAAGCCAAAGCAGAUCCCGAAGAAGAAGACGACUUUGGAUAUACUAUGAGUGAGUUUUCUUUUGAUUGAUAUUAUUUUUAAUAUUAAUCCCUACUAGUAACAUAGUCCUGAAAGUUUUGAUACAAA